UCCUACCCCGGCGAAUCUCGACGCCGACGCCGACGGACGGGGGAUCGGAUCCCAUGGAGGAGGCCUGCGAGAUCGCGCGCCUGCCGGAGGAGCUCCUCUCGGCGGCGCUGGCCCGCACGUCCCCGCGCAACGCCUUCCGCGCCGCGGCCGGCUCCGACGACGUCUGGGCCAGCUUCCUGCCCCCCGGCGGCCUCCCGCCGCUCGCCGACGGGGAGCUGGCCCCCGCCCCGCCCUCGUCCAAGAAGGAGCUCUUCCUCCGCCUCUCCGCCGGCGUCCUCCUCCAGGACAGGCUCGUGAGCAUGUGGCUGGACAGGGAGGCCGGCAGCAAGUGCUACGUGCUGUCCGCCUGGGACGUGGAGGCCAUCUGGUCGGGGGACUCCGAUUACCCGAGACGGGUCCCAUGCGAGGACUCUAGGUUGGUUCAUUCGCUCCUCCAUCUCCAUGCACAAUACUGCUACUACUCCUACUUGAAAUCACUUUUUGGUAAUUAAUCUAGAAACUGUUUCAAAGAGACUAAAUAGAGAUCAAUUUCAUUUCGAGAUUAUUAGGAUGAUGUUGCGCAUGCUAACUUCUUGUUGCUUCACACAUAAACCAACUUGGAGAUUGUAAUUAAUUUAGAGGUUAAAUUCGCGCAAUCUUCAACGGUGUAAGUGGUAGGAUGGAUCAGAUCAAACUACCCUGUGGAUCAAAACCCAGAAUGGGGAUUUCAACUUGGUUCCUCACAAGCAAAUGUUGGAAUAAUACUUGGAUGGAGCUGGAGCUGGAGCUGGGCGAGUUCUUCAACGAGGCCUCGGGGUGUGCGUUCGGUUUUUUCGGUUUGAUUCGGUUCGGUUUAUACGGUUUUUGGUUUAUACGGUUUUUAUACUUCGGUUUAUACGGUUUUAUACAUAGAUACGGUUCGGUUUCGGUAAUAACCAUUUAAUUUCAGUUCGGUUUCGGUAAUAACCAAAAUAACCAAAGUUGACGCGAAUUUUUGAACAAUGCAUAAUUAUUUUAUCACAUGAUUCAAUUUGUGUAUGUAGGUUAGUUUUUUCUUUUGAGAACUAUGUACAUAAAUUAAAUCAUUAGAUGUCAUACAUGAUUUGGUGGGGCAUAUAUGUAUCAUGUAUUUACGACGUGCACCAGAUCGAGGCAUAUGAUUGCUGAGGCGCUGAGCCGUUGAUAGAGAUGUAUGCAGGUACUAGGAAAAUUUGAGGAUAAGACAGGGAAAGAGCACCCCGUGCACUACGCUAGCCUCCAGGUUUUUGUACGUGAAAAAAUGCCAUGAAAUACCAUAGCGCUAGCCUGUAGCCUCCAGGCUCCUGGUCCAAGCGCAGCACCAGCCACCAGGCCACCAACCCCAGCGCGUGCGUUGGGCAGCCAAGGGCCCAGGCGGCCAGGCCCAAGCGCCAGGCGCUAGCCACCAACUUGGGCGCCAGCCGCGCCACGCAAUAGUCCCACCUCGCGGAGCGAGCAGGAUUGAGAUGGGUGGAUGGCUAUAAAAGGAGGGGCGACGGGAGGGAUCUAGAUCAACUCAGGGCUUUGGUUCUUUAACACACAGCGAAGAGUUUCGGUUUAAUUCGGUUUAACUGAAAACCGUCGGUUUUUAACCGAAAAAACCGAAGGUUAUAUGGUUUUCGAAAUUGAAAACUGAAACUGAAACUGAAACCUGAAAAAAACCGAAAUUCAGUUCGGUUUGGUUUUUUUUGGUUCGGUUUUUGGUUUUCGGUUCGGUUUUGCACAGGCUGAAACGAGGGGGGUGACGACGGCGAGGUGUCCUUCACCAUGAAUGAGACCAACGGAUGGAUCUGGGAGCGUGGCCUCAUCGUGCAGGGCAUCGAGUUCAGAUGUAAGAAACCAGGCUGAGUGAGGAGCCCCUAGGAGUCAACUCGCCCGGGUCAAUGUAAGUGAAUAAUAAGGAAAGUAUAUCUUCUGUAAUGUGUGUUUUUGAACGCCUCUCCUUUCGCUGCUAAAGCAUAUAUAUCUGUACAUACUAUGCUACCUAGAUGGCUGAUGAAGUGAUGAGGGUUUGCUA